AGUGGGGUAAUUAACUCAAGGGGAGGGGCUUUAAGCCCAUCUGUGUUUCUCACAGUCAGGACCCUCAGAAGCCUGAGCAGCUCCAGAGCCUGUGGUGCUGAGUGUGUGUUCUCUGUCUGCGCUGUGCUGUGCUGUGUCUGUGGUGUGUGUGUCUGCAGGGUGAGAUGAAGUGUGUGUGCUGUGGGGACCGGGGGCUGCUGCUAAUGCUAAUGCUGAUGGUGAUGCUAAUGAUGGUUCCUCUGGUUCACGGAACUCCGUCCAGAUUCAGUUUAUUCCAGGGAUCUCCAUACUCCAGCAACCCUCACCAGCAGAGGAACAAGAACUGGUGUGCGUUCGUGGUGCACAGGAACGUGACCUGCGCUGUGCUGGACACCGAGAGUGUUGCCCCCUGUCCCCCACAUCAACCCCACUGCGCACAGAGCCUCAUGUACCGUACUCACAUGAGGCCCAUGUACAAAAUUGGCUACAAGCAGGUGACUGAGCUGGAGUGGAGAUGCUGCCCUGGUUACCGCGGUCACAACUGCAUGGAGCUCAAAGAUGUUCCAUCCUCUCCUCAGAUACUUCAAGAACCACGACCAGAGAUUUCAUCCAUUCAUGGGCAGCAGCCGAGUGCCCUCGGACCAGAAAUCUUCUCUGGUGGUCGUCCUUGGACACAUUCUGGGCAGAGUGGACAACCCCAGCAACCCUGGAUUGAGGGUGGAGAUUCUGGAGAUUCUAGACUGAGGGGUCAUCAGGAUAGUCAUCGAGUUCAGGAGUUAGAAGAGGAAGUGCAGCGUCUUUCUCAAACAGUGCUUGACUUGCAGUCGGCCAUGACCUCUAACAAUGCUAACUUGCGCCUUGACCUGCAAGAAGAUGCAAGCAAGAUCAUUCUGAACCUGCUCGGUAACUUGCGGCAGCCGCAGGGUGCCCUAACUGGUGGCACUGAGAGCAUCCUGCUUCCCUCAGAUAUCCCACUUUUUCCAGCCACAGAUGAGCUUCAGAAUCAGGUUACCCAUCUUUCCAACACAAUCAGCACAAACACCAACUCUAUCCAGGAUCUGGAGUCUAAGCUCUUGCAGCUUGAAGGACAUGUGAAUAAGCUAACAGAGGUAGAAGGCGAUACAACAGUUCCACUCCCUUCUUCUGCCUCAACGACUGAGUGCCCGUGCCAGGCUUACAUUGACCAAAAGGUUGAAGCACUACGUACAGAGCUGAUGGAAGGAAUGGACAUUAAGAUGGCUGAUUUGAAGAACGCUUGUGACUACAAAGUGCUGUCAGUUAAGGAACAGUGCGAAGAACAAGAAAACUCCUAUCUAAGUCUUGCAGAGCUUCUGGAUUCCAAAGAGGCAGACCUUCGUCAAGAGAUCCAGGACCUACGGAGCUUUAUUUCAACAGGUGCCCCCUAUGGGUCGGUGGUCCCAGACUUACAAACGAAGAUCCAGAACCUGAAAAAUGCUCAUAAUAACUUGGCUAGUGCUGUAAAUGCAACAGUGCUGAAGCAGAAGACUCGAGAAGAUGCUCUAGAGGUGAGGGUUUCCAUGGCGGAAAGGGGUGCAGAAAAGUGUUGCCUCAGCCUGGAAGAAAAGUUGCGGAGGGAGAGAGCAAAGGAAGAGGAGGCACAAACCAAAGCACUGGAGAGCAAAAUCAAUGCAGCUCUACAAGUAAUUGGAGGCACACAGUCUCAAGCGAGAAUAACAGGUGACGCCAACGGCCAGAAUAUAAUUGAGAUGGAUUUGCAAACCGAGAUUUUAAGAGAUGACGUGAACUCUCUUGUAGAGCAGGUCAGAAAUUUGGACAACUCCGUCAAAACCCUUAACCAGUCACUCGUCCAUCAGAAUCAAAUGAAUAACCUGUAUAAUAGACUAGAUAAACUGGAGGAAGAUUGUGGGAAGAGCCAAGACUUUGCCAAAAGACUUGAGGAGGUUUUGUCUGGGGUCGAUGGACGGGUAUCCAGUAUUGAAAGUGUUUGUGGCAGGCUGGAGCCCAUGUCGGACAGUCUAAUGAGAAUCAAAGAUGGGCUGAACAAGCAUGUGAAUGGUCUUUGGAACUGCUUUCGACAGCUCAACAGCACCGUCCUUACUCACUCAACAGACAUAAACACUCUGAGGGCAAAUACCCACAUCACUGUGGGCAAGCCGGAUGGAGCCACCAGCACACCAAAAUACACAGGUGUUCAGGCUAGUAAGAAGGACUCUGAUGUUGCCAUGGCGACAGGCUCUACUCCUACUGUUGUGGAGUUUGGGGAAGCUGGACCACCCGGUACAAAGCUUUCGUCCCGACCCCCUCAGGGGACCAAUGGCAGUAUGACACCUGUUAAGGGCUAUGCUGCAGCCCCAGGCUAUCCUGCCAUGCCCCCUGUCUCCAUCACACCUCAUAUUCUUUCAGGUCAUACGAGUGAAAGUGCCGCCCCUGCAUCUUUUUCGGCUGGUCUCACCCUCUUACCAUUUUCUGGAAAUGUUGGCAUCAUCCGCUUCAACCAAGUGCUGCUGAAUGAUGGAGGACACUAUGACCCACAUACAGGUAUAUUCACUGUUCCCACCAACGGACGGUACCUGCUGAGCGUUGUCAUAACAGCCCAAAAGGGAGAACGUCUGGAAGCAGUCCUCUCAGUGGCCAAUCGCAGCAUCCAGAAGCUCGACACAUCAGGGGGUGUGGCCUCAGCUGAGUGUCUCUGUGGAGGCUCAGCCUCAGCUAACCUGGUUCUUGAUCUUAAGCAGGGUCAGAAAGUGGCAGUGGUAAUGACGUCUGGAACGCUAGCGAUUUCAGCAUCCACUGAAGCUCUUUCCACGUUUAGCGGAGUUCUGCUACACCCUCUACCUGCUAAAAGAUAACCUUCAGCCGAAGAUACACAUCAGAGUUCAACAGUUUUCAAUGCCAUGUCAGAGCUUUAAUAGCACUGGGUAGAUGGGCUCUUGAGUAACACUUGAAUAAGGGGGUCAUGUUUUGGAGAGGCUAAAUUUUCAGUUGAAUGCUGCAUACAGGUAUACAGCUUUGUGAACUUUUAAAAAGGACAUAUUAUGCAAAACUCACUUUUUGUGUGCUUUUGUAUUUUCGCUUGGGUCUAAACUGCCCCUACAAACAUUUUAAGCAUAGAAAAAAAUCCAUCCAUACUUUUUCUGUGAUUCGGUUAAAAGAGUUUGAUGUCAGGAAUCAUAGUGCUGAUAGGAUCUGUUUAGAUGGCUCCUUUAUUAGAACAUCACAAACCACUAGAUCAUGUAAAGAAACACCAUUUCAGUCAAUUUGCUUAAAACCCUCAGACAGUACGGCAUCAGCUGCUGGAGUCCUCAGAGAGCACAAUUGGCCUUGCUCUCUCUGGGUGGGUAGAUGGCGCUCUUUCCCCUCAUCAAGGGUGAUAUCAAUCAGCACAAGCCAUCUAAACCAUGAGCUCAUGAAUAGGAACCGAGUCUGCAUCAGCAGCAGUUUGAAAAGAGCCAGUGGCUGGCUUCACAUGUGUCGGGGGAGGCAUGUGUUAGUCUUCACUCUCCUGGUGUUGGGGCAUUACUAGUGAUAGGGGAAGUCCCAGUGAGUGGGUUGGCUAAUUGGCCUUGUAAAUCGGUAAGAAAAUGGGACAAAAAAAAAAGCAGAAAUACUCAGCAGACUUCGUCCGACGAAGGGAUCUGUGGCAGGUCAGGGUGUGUCUGUGGCAAGUCAGUAUAUGAGGGAGGUGUUAAGUACUUUUAAGUAAUGACUUUUGUGUUUCUAUUGCAGUUGAGCAUGAACUAUUUUGUUCAUGUUUUGGCAUUUAGCAGACUAACGUUUGGUACAAGCUCAGCAUAAAAAUUGCGUAGCCAGCAAAGGUUUAUUUGCAUAAAAGUGACAGAGCCCUUAAAUGGCUAUUUCUUAAAGAAACUAAAACAGAUUUUUUAAUGCAAAGAACUUUGUGAACAUGUUUUCUAUAGCCCAUAGACCUAUUUUAACUAGUGUAAAAAUAGGUAUAAUAUGUCCUCUUUAAAGGUCAGUCAUGUGAUGCCCCCAGUCACACUCUCUCCCACAUUGACACUGUUCUAGAAAGUUCUCCCUACAUUUACACUGUUAAAUAUUGUUCCCGUAUUCACACUGUUAAAUAAUAAUCUCCUUUAUUAUUACUGUUUUUGAAUGCCUCCAUACAUGUAUUACCUAUUCAUACCAUACACGCAGUUCUACAAUAUUCUGUCCUACAUGAUUUUCUACUCUUCUUCACAGUUGGUGGCUUAUUUGCCUUGUUCUUGAAUGUUCUCUCCACACAGCCCUCAAGAACAUUUAAACUAUUCUAAAAAGAUACACUUUUUUGAAAAGAAAAAAAAAAACAUCCUGAAUGUAAACACUCAAUCAUAUUUCAUUUUAUAAAUACAGUUUACUGUGUGUGUGUGCCUGUGCGAAUGUGUGAAUGCUAAUAGUUUUUUUUUUAUACUGUGUAACACUAGAUUUUUUUUGUUACUUAAAUCAACAGCCAAACUACAGAAAAUCUACUGUAUAUCACAAACAAUAUGAAUGUUCAGAUGUCUUAUUUAAUAUAAAGCAUUAUUGGAAAUGUUCAUGUUACAUGUAUGUAAUGUUUGCAAUGCGAUAAGCAAACCAUAACCAUUUUUUGAAACUCUGUCAAAAGGGGUUAUUAAAACAUUUAUAACAGAA